CCUCAUCUCUCCCUCCGCUGCCUGGCGGCCCCGCGCUCUCGAGCCCGGCCUGGAGCCGCUCGGCCGCCGGGAAUCGGUAGGGAGACGAGGGCGCAGCCUCGCCGCCUCCCCCGGACUCUCCUCUCCGCCCCGCCCGCGCCGCGCCCCCACCGCCUCCCCCUUCGGGAGAGGGACCUCGUCAGGCAGCCGGUGGCCCACCGGGCUCCUCUCCGCGCGGCGCCAGCGGCGGCGGGGGCAGGGCGCGAGCGAGGGAGCCCGCGAGCCCGCGAGCCCGAGAGCGGAGCGGCGAAGCGGGGAGGGAACGCGCUGCUGAGCCGGGGCUGGAGCGGCGGCGGCAGCGGCGGAGGGAGGGCCCCACGGACAGACAGACGCACGAACGGACCGAGCCAGGGAGGGAGCGAGAGAGACUUCGCCGGCGAGGAGGAGCGGCGCGAGCCGCGGCUGCUGGGCGCUUCCCCGCGCUGCUGGGUGCUCGGCGCCUCCGCGGCCCCCGGCUCCCGGCCUCAGCUUCCUCACGCGCGCGAGGCGCGGGGUGCGGGGCCCGGGGCUCGCUUCGCCGAAGGGGUCGCUGAACUAACUCUCAAGCUGGUGUGCGCGGUGGCGGAGCAGUGGCCGCCCAAGAGCUGGAGUCACCAUGGCGGCCGGAGUCGCAGCCUGGCUGCCUUUCGCGCGGGCUGCGGCCAUCGGGUGGAUGCCGGUGGCCAACUGCCCCAUGCCCCUUGCCCCGGCAGACAAGAACAAGCGGCAGGAUGAACUGAUCGUCCUCAACGUGAGCGGGCGGAGGUUCCAGACGUGGCGGACCACGCUGGAGCGCUACCCGGACACACUGCUGGGCAGCACGGAGAAGGAGUUCUUCUUCAACGAGGACACCAAGGAGUACUUCUUCGACCGGGACCCAGAAGUGUUCCGCUGCGUCCUCAACUUCUAUCGCACAGGCAAGCUGCACUACCCCCGCUACGAGUGCAUCUCCGCCUACGAUGACGAGCUGGCUUUCUAUGGCAUCCUUCCCGAGAUCAUUGGCGACUGCUGUUACGAGGAGUACAAGGACCGCAAGAGGGAGAACGCCGAGCGGCUCAUGGACGACAACGACUCGGAGAACAACCAGGAGUCCAUGCCCUCCCUCAGCUUCCGCCAGACCAUGUGGCGGGCCUUCGAGAACCCGCACACCAGCACACUGGCCUUGGUCUUCUACUACGUGACUGGCUUCUUCAUUGCCGUCUCGGUCAUCACCAACGUGGUGGAGACGGUGCCGUGUGGCACGGUGCCUGGGAGCAAGGAGCUGCCGUGUGGCGAGCGCUACUCGGUGGCCUUCUUUUGUCUGGACACCGCCUGCGUCAUGAUCUUCACGGUGGAGUACCUCCUCCGGCUGUUCGCGGCGCCCAGCCGCUACCGCUUCAUCCGCAGCGUGAUGAGCAUCAUCGACGUGGUGGCCAUCAUGCCCUACUACAUCGGCCUGGUAAUGACCAACAAUGAGGACGUGUCGGGCGCCUUCGUCACGCUUCGGGUCUUCCGCGUCUUCAGGAUCUUCAAGUUCUCCCGCCACUCCCAGGGCUUGCGGAUCCUGGGCUACACCCUGAAGAGCUGUGCCUCUGAGCUCGGCUUCCUCCUCUUCUCCCUCACCAUGGCCAUCAUCAUCUUUGCCACUGUGAUGUUUUAUGCCGAGAAGGGCUCCUCCGCCAGCAAGUUCACGAGCAUCCCCGCCUCUUUUUGGUACACCAUCGUCACCAUGACCACACUGGGAUAUGGAGACAUGGUGCCCAAGACGAUCGCAGGGAAGAUCUUCGGCUCCAUCUGUUCCCUGAGCGGUGUCCUCGUCAUUGCCCUGCCGGUCCCUGUGAUCGUUUCCAACUUCAGCCGGAUUUACCACCAGAAUCAGAGAGCUGAUAAACGCAGGGCACAAAAGAAGGCCCGCCUUGCCAGGAUCCGUGUGGCCAAAACAGGGAGCUCCAAUGCCUACCUGCACAGCAAGCGCAACGGACUCCUCAACGAGGCACUGGAGCUGAUGGGCACCCCGGAAGAGGAGCACAUGGGCAAGACCACCUCACUCAUCGAGAGCCAGCACCACCACCUGCUGCACUGCCUGGAGAAAACCACUGGGUUGUCCUAUCUUGUGGAUGAUCCCCUGUUAUCUGUACGAACCUCCACCAUCAAGAACCACGAGUUUAUAGAUGAACAGAUGUUUGAGCAGAACUGCAUGGAGAGUUCAAUGCAGAACUACCCAUCCACACGGAGUCCCUCACUGUCCAGCCACCCGGGCCUCACGACCACCUGCUGCUCCCGUCGUAGUAAGAAAACCACACACCUGCCCAACUCCAACCUGCCGGCCACCCGCCUGCGCAGCAUGCAAGAGCUCAGCACGAUCCACAUCCAGGGCAGCGAGCAGCCCUCCCUCACUACCAGUCGUUCCAGCCUUAAUUUGAAAGCAGACGACGGACUGAGACCAAACUGCAAAACAUCCCAGAUCACCACAGCCAUCAUCAGCAUUCCUACUCCCCCAGCGCUAACCCCAGAGGGGGAAGGUCGGCCACCCCCUGCCAGCCCAGGCUCCAACACGAACAUUCCUGCCAUAGCCAGCAAUGUUGUCAAGGUCUCCGCCUUGUAAAACCACUGGACAGAGGGCCAGUGCGGGUAGUGGGAGUGAAGGGGGCUGGCAUGUUGGUGGGUGGCCACUGUGACCACUCCCUCCCCCUCCCCCACUAUUUCUGCCCACCCUGUUGCACCCCCAACACUGAAACCUGUGCCUGGAAGGAGAAAGAGGCAGCAAAGGGGCACCUGAGGUUCACUGCUGCUAGCGUGGACAUAGCCCUGUGCCACUGCAUCUCACAGGGGCCAGAGGAAAGGGAGGGCGGGGCGGGUAGGGAUGGGACUGUGCGGUUAUAAGCUGCGAGCCAGGACAGGGCCCGGAGUGGGGAGCCUCAGACCAAAUAACCAUUGUUUCUGGAGACCCCAGUGAGGAAAAUACAAGACCAAGAGCAGCACAGAGGCCGAGUUGUCACAUGCAAAACAGGAAGAAAAUAUAACACUGUGUAUUUAAGCACCUUUUUCAAGGCUCUUAAUGGAUAAUAUUUAUUCAUGGGAAAAGGUGGAAAACAAAAACACCCACGGAGUUUUGUGAAAUGUUUUUCUCCAUGGACCCAAUACCUUUGAACCAAAACAAUGCAUUUUGUGAGGGGGGUUGUUUUUUUUUUUUUU